AUUCUGCUUUAGGUUUUCUCCAGUCAAGAGGCAGCUAAGCUCGUUCUCUUCAAUUCAGCGCAGCCAUGUCGAAGAGAAGGACAAGAGAGCCCAAGGAAGAGAAUGUUACUCUUGGGCCUGCAACUAGGGAAGGAGAGCUAGUGUUUGGUGUUGCUCACAUCUUUGCGUCUUUCAAUGAUACUUUCAUUCAUGUCACUGACUUGUCUGGCAGGGAAACAAUGGUCCGCAUUACAGGUGGCAUGAAGGUGAAGGCCGACAGGGAUGAAUCCUCCCCAUAUGCUGCUAUGCUUGCGGCACAAGAUGUUUCCCAGAGAUGCAAGGAACUUGGUAUCACUGCCCUUCACAUUAAGCUUCGUGCCACUGGGGGUAACAAGACCAAGACUCCUGGACCCGGUGCUCAGUCUGCACUCCGGGCUCUUGCGCGUUCAGGCAUGAAGAUUGGAAGGAUAGAGGACGUGACCCCAAUCCCAACUGACAGCACUCGCAGAAAGGGUGGUAGGAGGGGAAGGAGGCUGUAAAGCGACUUUGUUUGUUGCCAGAAUAUUUUCUGGGGCUUGUGGUUUGGGUUCUCAAUCGUUUUACGGAUUUUGUUUUUCCCCUUUCAUGUUACCCGAACAAUUUGUAGUUUCAACUGAAAUUUGUUGGUUUUUGAGGUUAUCUUGAAGGUUUGAACAUGGUGAUUGGGCUAUUAUGAGAUUGUGGUUUUGCUGGAACAUGUUUUCAUCAAUAACUAUUUUAUAUUAUAGCAUUAGUCUCUGACCAAAGUAAUUUUAUGAGUUUGGUGGGUCGUCUAUUGGGAUGCUGUUUGUGGUUACACCAUUUCUUGGCCCUGGCCCGGAGUGUUUUAAAGGGAU